AUGGAGUCAAUCUUCCGGGAGGUCCUUCCAAAACAAGGGCAGCUGUCUCAGGAAGAAACCACAAUGGUGCUAUGUAAGCCCACUUUACCCUUAACAUCUCUGACUCUGGAAAAACUGGAGAAAAUGCAGCAAGCAGCCCAGGACACGGUUCACCAACAAGAACUGGGAGGAAAGGAGAAGCAGCAAAUGACCCACUGA